GUCACAAUCCCGCCUACAGCCAGAUGGGCGGGCCUUCUUCUCCGGGGUAGGGCUACGUGCUGACGCCACACGCCGGGGCGGGGCCGAGAGUUUGGUGCCCCGGAGUGGGGUGUCGGCGCCUCAUUCGGGCGGAGCUGAGCCGGACACAGGCAGUCGUGAAAAACUUAAGGACAAAAAUGUUUCAUUUAAGGACUUGUGCUGCUAAAUUGAGGCCGUUGACGGCUUCCCAGACUGUUAAGACAUUUUCACAAAACAGACCAGCAGCAGCUAGGACAUUUCAACAGAUUCGGUGCUAUUCUGCACCAGUUGCUGCCGAACCCUUUCUGAGUGGGACUAGUUCGAACUAUGUGGAGGAGAUGUACUGUGCUUGGCUGGAAAACCCCAAAAGUGUACAUAAGUCAUGGGACAUUUUUUUUCGCAACACCAAUGCUGGAGCCCCUCCGGGCACUGCCUACCAGAGCCCCCUUCCCCUGAGCCGAGGCUCCUUUGCUGCCGUGGCCCAUGCACAGUCCCUGGUGGAGGCACAGCCCAACGUGGACAAGCUCGUGGAGGACCACUUGGCGGUGCAGUCUCUCAUCAGGGCAUAUCAGGUCAGGGGUCACCAAAUUGCAAAACUUGAUCCUCUCGGAAUUAGUUGUGUAAAUUUUGAUGAUGCUCCAGUAACUGUUUCUUCAAACGUGGAUCUUGCAGUGUUCAAGGAACGACUUCGAAUGCUAACAGUAGGAGGAUUCUAUGGCCUGGACGAGUCUGACCUUGACAAGGUCUUCCACUUGCCCACCACUACUUUCAUCGGAGGACAGGAGUCGGCGCUUCCUCUGCGGGAAAUCAUUCGUCGGCUGGAGAUGGCCUACUGCCAGCACAUUGGGGUGGAGUUCAUGUUCAUCAACGACCUGGAGCAGUGCCAGUGGAUCCGACAGAAGUUUGAAACCCCCGGGAUCAUGCAGUUCACAAAUGAGGAGAAGCGGACCCUGCUGGCCAGGCUUGUGAGGUCUACCAGGUUUGAGGAUUUCCUGCAGCGGAAGUGGUCCUCGGAGAAGCGCUUUGGUUUGGAAGGCUGUGAGGUGCUGAUCCCUGCCCUAAAGACCAUCAUCGACAAGUCGAGUGAGAAUGGAGUGGACUACGUGAUCAUGGGCAUGCCUCACAGGGGGCGGCUGAACGUGCUCGCUAAUGUCAUCAGGAAGGAGCUGGAGCAGAUUUUCUGUCAGUUCGAUUCAAAGCUGGAGGCAGCUGAUGAGGGCUCCGGAGAUGUGAAGUACCACCUGGGCAUGUACCACCGGAGAAUCAACCGUGUGACGGACAGGAACAUCACCCUGUCCCUGGUGGCCAACCCUUCCCACCUCGAGGCCGCUGACCCUGUGGUGAUGGGCAAGACUAAAGCCGAGCAGUUUUACUGUGGAGACACCGAAGGGAAAAAGGUGAUGUCCAUCCUGCUGCACGGGGAUGCUGCAUUUGCUGGCCAGGGCAUCGUCUACGAGACCUUUCACCUCAGCGACCUGCCGUCCUACACGACGCAUGGCACUGUGCACGUGGUCGUCAACAACCAGAUCGGCUUCACCACAGACCCAAGGAUGGCCCGCUCUUCCCCCUACCCCACCGAUGUGGCCCGAGUGGUAAACGCCCCCAUCUUCCACGUGAACUCAGAUGACCCUGAAGCUGUCAUGUACGUGUGCAAGGUGGCAGCUGAGUGGAGAAGCACCUUCCACAAGGAUGUGGUCGUCGAUUUGGUGUGUUACCGCCGCAACGGCCACAACGAGAUGGACGAGCCCAUGUUCACGCAGCCACUCAUGUACAAGCAGAUCCACAAGCAGAAGCCCGUGCUGCAGAAGUAUGCUGAGCUGCUGGUGUCGCAGGGCGUGGUCAACCAGCCGGAGUAUGAGGAGGAAAUCUCCAAGUACGAUAAGAUCUGUGAGGAAGCUUUUGCCAGAUCCAAAGACGAGAAAAUUUUGCACAUCAAGCACUGGCUUGACUCUCCCUGGCCUGGCUUCUUCACCCUGGACGGGCAGCCCAGGAGCAUGUCCUGCCCCUCCACCGGCCUGGCAGAGGAUAUUCUGAAGCACAUUGGGAAGGUGGCCAGCUCCGUGCCCGUGGAGAACUUUACCAUUCAUGGAGGGCUGAGCCGGAUCUUGAAAACUCGUGGGGAGCUGGUGAAGAACCGGACCGUGGACUGGGCUCUGGCUGAGUACAUGGCGUUCGGCUCACUGCUAAAGGAGGGCAUCCACAUCCGGCUGAGCGGCCAGGAUGUGGAACGCGGCACGUUCAGCCACCGCCACCACGUGCUCCAUGACCAGAAUGUGGACAAGAGGAUUUGCAUCCCCAUGAACCACCUUUGGCCCCAUCAGGCCCCCUACACCGUGUGCAACAGCUCACUGUCUGAGUACGGUGUGCUGGGCUUUGAGCUGGGCUUCGCUAUGGCCAGUCCUAAUGCCCUGGUCCUCUGGGAAGCCCAGUUUGGUGAUUUCCACAACACUGCCCAGUGCAUCAUCGACCAGUUCAUCUGCCCAGGACAAGCCAAGUGGGUGCGGCAGAAUGGCAUCGUACUGCUGCUACCCCAUGGCAUGGAGGGCAUGGGCCCAGAACAUUCCUCCGCCCGCCCAGAGCGGUUCCUGCAGAUGUGCAAUGAUGACCCAGAUGUCCUACCAGACCUUGAAGAAGCUAACUUCGACAUCAAUCAGCUGUAUGACUGCAAUUGGGUUGUUGUCAACUGCUCCACCCCUGGCAACUUCUUCCACGUGCUACGACGCCAGAUCUUGCUGCCCUUCCGGAAGCCGUUAAUUAUCUUCACCCCCAAGUCCCUGCUGCGCCACCCUGAGGCCAGAACCAGCUUUGAUGAGAUGCUUCCAGGAACCCACUUCCAGCGAGUGAUCUCAGAAGAUGGCCCCGCAGCUCAGAACCCAGGAAAUGUCAAGAGGCUUCUCUUCUGCACUGGCAAGGUGUACUACGACCUCACUCGAGAGCGCAAAGCACGGGACAUGGUGGAGCAGGUGGCCAUCACAAGGAUUGAGCAGCUAUCACCAUUCCCCUUUGACCUCCUGCUGAAGGAAGUACAAAAGUACCCCAACGCUGAGCUAGCCUGGUGCCAGGAGGAGCACAAGAACCAAGGCUACUAUGACUAUGUGAAGCCAAGACUUCGGACCACCAUCGGCCGUGCCAAGCCCGUCUGGUAUGCUGGCCGGGAGCCAGCGGCUGCUCCAGCCACCGGCAAUAAGAAGACCCACCUGACAGAGCUGCAGCGCCUCCUGGACACAGCCUUCGACCUGGACGCCUUCAAGAACUUCUCGUAGAGCUGCUAGGGUUGUUUGGGCUGCUGCCCUCUUCACAUCCAUGACUGCCCCUCGCUUCUCAACUAAAUAGUGCCUCAGCGCCGCCCACACCUCUGCCCUUGUUGCUGUGCCGCUCACCCUCCCCCUGCUCUUGUAGGACUUAGGCUGUUGCCCCUCGAGUGCUUGGCUGCCCACAGGCCACACGCUGCCAGGCUGUGCUGACUUCCAUCAAGCUGAGCAGCUCUGUAGAGGCAGUGAGGAGCAGGAAGAGCAAAGGGAGCCCUACAGGAUGUCUUUGGGGAGGGUCAGCUCUGGCCAUGACCAUCCCCAUCUGCAUCACUCCCUGGGUCGGAACUAGGCCUUGUGUGGCUUCCCAGUGUGCUGGCAACCUUGUCACCCUGCAAGGCACAGGCUCUUGUAUUUGAGGCUAGGGUAGUUUCAUCGUGGGGCCAAGCCUUAGAAUCCACGGAGGAGUCUGGAGUGAGAUCUAGCCAUAUGUAGAGAGGUUUAUAGAACGGGCCUCAGCUAUGGAGUGAACUGAAGACAACAUGAGGCAGCUGGCAGGAGAGAGCCUUGGCCUGACUUGGCACAGAGAGGGCGGGUUUGGUCUCUGCAGCAUCCAUUUUUUUGUUGCCCCUUCAAAGAUCCCCGGCUCUGUGUGGGGGCCAGGCAUGCCCCGUAGCCCCACCUGGGGCUGGGCAGCACCUGGAGCCCACAAGGUCUGUGUGGCCAGGAAGCCUUGCUGGGGUCCCCACAGCCAGGGCACUCGCUGCUCUGUCUUGGUCCUGCUGACCUUCCACCUCCACCCACCUCCUUCUGUGGCCUCCCCCUCCUCCCACACCACCAACACUCUUCUUCCCCUCUGCUGUUUCCCUUUAACCCAAUGGAGACUUUCUCAUGCAUCAUUUUCUUUGCUGUGCCAAAGCAGGUCAGAAGAGGGACAGGAGGGGCAGGGGUGAGGGACAGGCUGUGGCCAAGGGGCCAGCUGCACUUCAUCCGUCACUUUGACCUUCACAGGGACAGAUCUGAUUUAUUUAUUUUGGUUAAAAAAAAAAGGACAAAAACAACAUUACAUUGCAUUGGCUUGACCCAUAAACUAAGUUAUCCAUGG